AGGAAGAUGCAGAGAUUUGCAUAAGAUAAGACGUCUGGUUUGAUAAGAUCUCAGCAGCCUGGUGAGACUAUCAGAGGAAGAGGAGAUACUGAAGAAGAUCUGAGAAGAGCUCGGGGAUUAGGAGAAGCAGCAGGUCUGGUCCUCAGCCUCCUGUGGAUUACAUUGUUCUUUUAUCAUGAGGCUCAUCAUUCUCUCUCUACUGUAUUUAUCGGGGGUUUUCCCAGGGGUCCUCUCUGCUCCACUUCCUGUUCCUCACCUGUAUUAUCUGAUCAUGACUCCAAUGACCUGGAACAGCGCUCAGUCUUACUGCAGGAAGAACUAUGAAGACCUGGCAACCGUCACCAGCGAUUCUGACUGGACACGGCUGAAGAAAUUAGGAACAAACAGUAAGUUUUUCGCCACCGCCUGGAUCGGACUCUACAAUGAUAUCGACAGCUGGCGCUGGUCCUACAACAGCGCCCCUCUGAAACUGAAGAAGUGGUCUGGAGCAGAGCCCAACAACCUGGGAGGGCAUGAGUCCUGUGGUGCAAUGGACAUGUACGGAUACUGGUGGGACUUAGACUGUGAGCUUCUAAAACCCUUCCUGUGUUACGAUGCAAACUCCACCAAAAGAUUCUUCAGCAUCACUGUUCUGAAGUCGUGGUCGGACGCUCAGGCGUACUGCCGCGAGUUCCACACUGACCUGGCAACCUCCUACAACGAAUCAGAUAACCUGAUACUGAAGAACCUGGUCUCAGGGCAGUGGAGCGCCUGGUUCGGGCUGUUCAGGGACCCGUGGAAGUGGUCGGAUCAGAGCAACGCUUCCUCCAUUAACUGGGCAGUGGGAAGUCCUGAUAACUCAGGAGGAUAUGAGAACUGUGGGAGUGUGACCUACAGUAUCAUCACUGAUGUUCCCUGCAGCGGCUUCCUCCCAUUCUUCUGCCACACUGUUCCACCGAUGACGGUACAAGAUGUAGUGAAACUGAAAGUGAUAUCUGGUCUGAGUGCUGACUCUGGAUUGGAAUCAUCUAUUUUAGCAUUGAUCUGGGAGGAGCUGAAGAAGCAUGGGAUGGCAGACAACACUACGGUGACACUGAGGCUGCAGCCGGACGGGAACGUUUUUCAGAAGGUGGAGGAAAGUGUGAACAGUGAGGACACUGCUGCAAACAAAAUAUGUAAAACUUAAGUGACUUACAUUUUCUACAAGAGCUUUUAUUUAAUCCAUAAUGUAUAAAAUCCAUCCAGUCGAGUAGAAUCCUAUGGGAUAUUUAUCUUACAAAAACAAGCUAAUAUGCUUAGCUUUAUACUGCUUUAUACUGUUUUAUAUAGCACGUCUUUUCUUACUGGGGAAAAUCACAUCUGAAUCCUGAUGAAUAAAAUCUGGGUGAUUUAUCACAAUGUGUGAGAUUAUUAAAAGCCAUAAAUAUCAACAACCUUCAAUACCCCCUUACUCUACAAAUUCAUAUGUGUCUGCAGAUUUUACACACAAUUCAUGUUUAUUUUACUGAAAUUCUAAAGGAAAAUCAUUUACUGUGACUAAGUUUGAAUCUCACAGGUAAUGCUUUUGCUUUUUGAAACUGUAAUUAUGGUUUAGAAUUAUGGUGUGUGAAAGAAUUGUGUAGUUUGGGGUGUAUUUGUACUUUUUUGUCUUUUUAUUGUGUGUAUACGUUUAAUAAAGUUUACUAUGUGUUUAAAUAAA